AUGCCUCUCGUCAAGACCACCGAAGUCAACGAGGACACUCGUGUCCUCGGCUACGACCCUUUGCUGUCGCCCAUGUUCCUCCAGACCGAGAUCCCCGCGCCUGACCGCGCCAUUGAGGUCGUUCGCCAGGGUCGCAAUGAGGCUGUCGAGAUUAUCGAGCAGCGCGAUGACCGUCUGCUGGUCAUGGUCGGCCCUUGCUCCAUCCACGACCCCGACACUGCCCUUGAGUACGCUCGCCGCCUGAAGGAGAUCUCCACCAAGCUCUCCAAGGACCUCUGCAUCAUCAUGCGCGCCUACCUCGAGAAGCCCCGUACCACCGUUGGCUGGAAGGGUCUGAUCAACGACCCCGACAUUGAUGAGUCCUACAACAUCAACAAGGGCCUCCGCGUCUCUCGCAAACUCUACGUCGACCUGACCACCACCGGCCUCCCCAUCGCCAGUGAGAUGCUCGACACCAUCUCCCCCCAGUACCUGGCCGAUCUCAUCUCCCUCGGCGCCAUCGGUGCCCGCACCACCGAGUCCCAGCUCCACCGCGAGCUGGCCUCCGGUCUCUCCUUCCCCAUCGGCUACAAGAACGGCACCGACGGUAACCUUACCGUCGCCGUCGACGCCAUCGGCGCUGCCUCCCACCCCCACCGUUUCCUCGGUGUCACCAAGCAGGGUCUGGCGGCCAUUACCAAGACCUCUGGCAACGAGCACGGCUUCGUCAUCCUGCGCGGAGGCAACAAGGGCACCAACUACGACCGCGAAAGCGUCCGCACUGCCCGCGAGGCUCUGCGCUCUAAGAAGCUGCGCGAGGUCGUUAUGGUUGACUGCUCCCAUGGCAACUCCAAGAAGAACCACCUUAACCAGCCCGUCGUCGCGAAGGAGGUCUCUGACCAGCUGCGCGAGGGUGAGACCGGUAUCAUCGGUGUCAUGAUCGAGUCCAACAUCUACGAGGGUAACCAGAAGGUUCCCCCGGAGGGACCUUCUCACCUCCUCCGUGGUGUCAGUAUCACCGAUGCCUGCAUCAACUGGGAGAUGACCGUUGACACUUUGAACGAUCUUGCCGACGGUGUUCGUGCCCGUCGCGCCAUUCUGAAAUCCAAGGCCAAUGGUGCCAACGGCUCCCAAUAA